AUGUUGGGCGUAAGAAACUCAUUUAACUGUUUGAAAAGUGCAUCGGCUAAGAGAUUGAUUUCCUCAUCAGCUGUUGCUGCUAAGUCUACUUAUAGAACACCAGAUUUUAGUGAUUAUUUAAAAGAGAAGAAUGAUGCUGACAAAGGUCGCUCGUAUGCCUACUUUAUGGUUGGUUCUUUAGGGUUACUAUCUUCAACGGGUGCUAAAUCUACUGUUGAGACAUUUAUUUCUUCUAUGUCAGCAUCUGCAGAUGUUUUGGCUAUGGCAAAAGUGGAGGUGAACUUGGCAGCUAUUCCCGAGGGGAAGAAUGUUGUCGUAAAGUGGCAAGGUAAGCCGGUCUUUAUCAGACACAGAACUUCGUCUGAGAUUGAAGAGGCUAGCGUGACUGCUUUGAGUGCUUUGAAGGACCCACAAGCCGAUGCUGAUAGAGUUAAGAAACCUGAAUGGUUGGUCAUGUUGGGUAUCUGUACUCAUUUGGGCUGUGUCCCUAUUGGUGAAGCUGGUGACUUUGGAGGUUGGUUCUGCCCAUGUCAUGGUUCACACUAUGAUAUAUCCGGUAGAAUUAGAAGGGGCCCAGCACCAUUGAACCUAGAAAUUCCACAAUAUGAUUUUGAUGGUGACAAGUUGAUUAUUGGUUAA